GAGGACAAUCGGUAUCGUUUCUGGGGGUUUUACGGACAAGUCACAGCGGAACAUGACCAGAAGUUUCUCGACCAAUACACCAAUGACAUGGAGAGUAUCUUGCUCUUCUCUGGUCUUUUUUCCACUGUUAGCUCAUCUUUCAUUGUUGCCAUGGAGUCCAAUCUCAGUCCUGACCCCAGCGACACCACGAAUGCCCUUCUCGCGCAACUCGUGCAGAUUGGACUCGGAAACCUCAUUGCUGCGGGCUCCACGCCUGUAGACCCAGCAUCUACGUGGUCGCCACCUGCGUCGGCUGUGAGGAUCCAAAUGAUUGCAUAUGCAAGCUUGUCCAUGAGCUUGCUAGCAGCAUUCGGGGCUGUCCUAGGCAGGCAAUGG